CGCGCCCCGCCGGCACCGCAGCCGCGGCAAUGGCGGCCCCCGUGUGAGCCGUUCCACCGAUCACCGCUGCCGUACAACUGGGAGAAGUGAUCAAGUUGUCUCAGGUGUGUUUAAUAUUCUGGCACUGCAAAGAAAAGAAAUUACUGUUUCUCUGAAGAUUGAGACUCCAAUUUAAGACUAGCUUCAUCAGCAGAGCAGAUAACAUUACCCAUGUUCCUUCAUAUUGGUGAAGUCUGGAUAAGAGCUGUCAGGAGACCUUUUUAGCUGGUUUGAGGCAACCAAGUGAUACCGAUAUUGAACCACAGUUUUAGAGGAGUGGCACCAAAAAGCCUCUUGUUAUGCUGAGUGUUUACAGGACUUCCUCAGCUGCUCAAAAAUCAAGCCAUAGAUACUGAGCUCCAUUCUGAACACGGGAAGAAAAAUGCCAGCUUCUCUAAGAAAACUGCAGCAAAUGGCUAUUUUCAUGGGACUGUUCAGCGGCGGGGGAUGCAUCGUGAUGUAUAAUCUUAUGCAAAAAGGUUUUGCCAGGACCCAGUAUUACCAGCAGGCUUUGGAGCAACUGAAUAACAGUCCUGAUGCCCUGGAAGCCCUGGGUGCCCCCCCUCUCAAGGUUCACAACAUCCGACUGACAGAUGGGAGUAACCGUGUGGACACAGAAAGAGCACAGAUAAAGUUACCAGUAUCUGGAACAAAAUCAGCGGGGUACCUCUACAUUAACUCAGAGAUGGACCAUUCCCGCCAAUGCUGGUGUCUUCAGGAUGUCACCUUGAAACUGCGGGAUGGGCAGAAUAUCCCUGUUUACCACUCCCCAGUGGAGAGCAUCGGUGUGCAAGAAGGCUAAAAAUCAAAAGCAGCUGCUUCACCUCUCACUGAGCUGAAGGAGUCAUUAAUCGAUCUCAUCCCACUGUGCCCAUGAACGUACACAGUUGUCACAAGUGACAAUUUCACUUAAGUGGGUGUUCUCAGGACAAUUUAUCCGAGAUUGACUUCAUCAUUGUAAUUUCUUUCUUUUGCUGGUUUACUCAUGUGUUCAGAAGAGCCUAAAAUAAAGAUAUUGCAAAAGA